AAGUGGAGCUUUCAUUAUAUCCCAGUCACAGCUCUGUGUCUGCAAUGUGGAACCUUGCAUGCACUUAAUUUCAAGAUGAAAACCAUAGCAUGCUCAGCAUAUUUCACCUUGUUCAGAUGAACACGGCCCUCUACACGUUGUCAGACCAACAUCGGACGAAAAGCCCAUCUGUUCUUUUCUUUCCUUCGCAUAUCACAAUGACUCCAAUGACGUUGAUGGGUAUGCAACAAACCAUAAAGCCUACGGAUUCACCCUCUGAACGAUCGUUAUACCCUGUACCUCUUACAUUGUCUGUCUGACUCUACCUCAAGAAAUUCACUGUCACUGCUAGGUCCAGACCUUGCGAAUAACCUGAUAGAUCAUGCAGUUAUUCAACUCGCAUCACGAUUCUGAUACCCAUACUGCCAACGGUCCACCUCCACAGCGUAUAUCCAGUAUUUUCCGUGGCCGUUCGAGAUCUCCUCCGCGUGAUGGACUUGACAUUACCGGCACGAAUGGCUACAAUUCCUAUACCAACUUUUUUCGACGUCCCUCCCCUACCAGGAGUUCAGGUACAUCGACCGUUGACAGUCGAAUUGAUAAGGAACCAACUAUCAUGGCUGCGCGCAAAAAGGUUGCAGAUGCAGAAAGCGCAGAGAAGGCAGCUGAUAGGGCUCUGCUAGAGGCCAGGACUGCAGCCAAGGCCGCAAAAGAGCAUGUGAAGCUGUUGGAGCGUGAAGUCUUAGAGGAUGCAAGGCGUGCAAAGGCAAAACAAGCAGAAGCGAAAAAUGUGAGCAAGAGCGCCCGUAGUCUUGGAAGACACGGGUGAUUAUCCCAGGUCUGCCAGUGAUGUCCAGCCCUUUUUUUCGCUGCGGUACACUAUACCCUGUGGUACGUUAACCCGUUUGUCAACGAUCAUUGUAUAUCUACGUUGUAACUAUAGCCUGAGCUUACUGCUGAGAAUCAGUGAUAGUGUGUCAGUCGUUGUCUUUACUGUAGUUCAAUAAAACAUAGUUUACGUUUGACAU